UUUCACAGGCGCGCGAGCUUUAACCUCUGUUUCGAUCUGUCGACGCGACGACGAUACAAGCAUGGCGAGAGAACAAAUUUCGUGGGUUUGUGCUGUCAUCAUAACACUAUUAUUCUUGAACAGUAGUUUAUGUGCAGACGAGAAUCUGAAUUUGAGAGAUGAACCACUUCAGCUUGUCAAACCAGAUAUUGAACACAAACAGCUGAUUUUAAAUCAUGAUUUUGUGAAGACAUUGUAUCAGAUAGAAGGACCGGUAGCCGUUGCUGCCAUUGUGGGCAAGUACCACUCUGGAAAAUCCUUUCUUCUAAAUCAACUGAUGGGCAAACGUCAGGGUUUCGGAUUCAAUAUCGGACCCUUCGUCAAACCAGAAACGAUGGGCAUAUGGAUGUGGGGAAAGCCACUACCAGUGACAUUGUCCAGUGGUCAGAAAAUAUCAUUAAUAUUUCUAGAUACUGAAGGAUUUGCUGCUAACAAUGUAUCAGAACGUUAUGAUGCAAAGAUCUUCGCUGUGGCAACUUUACUCAGCUCCUAUCUUAUCUACAACUCUGUGAAGAUCAUUGACCAGGCUGAUAUGGACUACUUGGAACUUCUGGCAAGAAGAACACAGCUUUUUGCGCUUCGGUCUCAGAUGUCACGUGCUAAAUGGGCAAACGACUUUAAUCAUGAUCUUUUGACUUUCCCUCCUCUAAUGUGGGUGGUUCAAGACUUUGUCCAAGCGAUUGGUGAUGACAUGUCUCCAAAAGAGUGGCUUGAAGGUAUGAUGGACUCCUCGACUUGGGAAAGUGAAGACCAUAGGAUCAGUUUACUUGAUGUCUUUGAAUCUGUUAACUGCCACACACUCUUCUUUCCUGCAACAAAGAAAGAUCUCUUACAAGAUUUAUCACAGGCAAGAGAGGAUGAUUUAACCAUUGAAUAUAAGAACGAGCGAGAUAGUCUUUUGCAGAAAUUGAAAGACGGAAUAAUACCAAAGGGCAAAAAUGAUCGUCCAAUGACAGGCCCAGAACUGGCUUCAUUGAUUGACAUAUUGGUGACAGCAGCUAACGAGGGCUCCCUUGCACAGGUCCCUAGUCGCUGGCAUGGAUUCAUUCAAGACAUGAAACAGUCGGCUGUACAGGACUGCUUCAAGUUUUAUGACACUGACAUGGAGGUGCUGCAUGAGAAACACCAUCACGGAGCGAUCAAUGAACAGGAACUUGAGCAGUGGCAUCAGCAGGCUCAUAGAAAGACGUUGAAGCUUCUGCAACAAGUUCUUUUUGGAUUGGAAACUAUAUUUGAAGAAUCUUCAAAAGAAAUGAAUGUAACGAUACAGGAACACUUUGAGAAGACAUACGAAAUGAAUGAAAAGAAAAUCAAGCUACGUUGUGGAGAAAUACAACACAGACAAGAGCUGUCUGUUGAAGAAGCUUUGGCCCAGCUUUCACUACCUGUGCUGACUUCGCAGAUGAUGAGCACUUACAAUGAAGCACUAGCUGGCUGUAUUACAGGAUAUGCUGAACUUUUGGAACCACUGAAGGAAACGACUGCCUACAGGAAACACCUUAACCAACUCAAGGCUUCUGCGGAAAAUAUGAAGAAUUCCUAUCUUUUCAAGAAUUCAAAGGCAAUAGAAGCUAUGUUUGAAAAAGCCAGUGAACUUUCCAGUGCGGAAUUUAAAGUGCUGACUACACACCCUACCAACGAUCCAAUUAUACCACAUGACCUUAAAAGGUUAUUUAAGAGAGGUGCGGAGAAAGCAUUGGAUAGCUUCCAGAGGUCCACAGAAUACUUUAAUGAGGAGAGAGACUACAAAAUGUAUUUGAAAGUGGUUCAGACUGGCUUUACAGAGAUCGAGAGAGAAUGUGAACUAAGGAAUAAUUACCUGUUGAAAAGUGCAUUAGACUCUAAGAUUCAUGAUCUAACAGAGCUGAUGAAAGCAAACACCAAUAGUACAAAGAUCUCUUUACCAAUGAAUGACACUGAGCUUGAUCAAAUACUUAACUUUGAAACAGCAAAAGUUGUGGAUCGUUUCAGUGAAGAUUUGGAUGACUUCAGAGAUUUACCUGCUUUCCAAGAGGGCAUAGUUCUAUUAACAAAAUCCUUACACCAUGUAUGUGGUACAAGGCGACAAGAAAAUAUGGCUGCUUACCAACAUGAGGUUGGUGUCCCCCUCGAUAUGGCCAAGAGAAUAGCGCUGUUGUCAGCUGACCGGUAUGACACAGUAUUUAGCAUAACACUUUAUAUUAAAGAGAUUUGUUUAUUGAAUCUAGACGAAGGCAAAGCUGCAAAUUGGCCUUUGUAUCUGAAAAUCAAUAUUAUUGAACGAUUUAUCAAGAACGAUGCAGAAAUUCAGAAGCUAAUACGGGAACGACAAGGCCUUUACUCGAUGGUGGUGGGCUUUAUGCAGUGGAUAAGGUGGUGCCUGGAUUUUUUAUACGCCCCAUAUUUGUUUGCUUGACUAGUAUGAAAUUCGUAAAACAACUUAUAAUAUAAUAUAAUAUAUAAUAUAGUGUUAAUUUGAUGCACUAUCUUUUGUUUAUAUUUACGUUGUACAUGUUUUGUUUCAUAAACUUAUACUUUUGAAAUUCUUUAUUAUAUAAUAUUAUAUACAAAUAUAUGCCUACUUUUUCCAGCUGAUGAUACAGAUAAUAAUCCUUAAUAAUAAGUAAUGGUGAUGAUAAAAAUUAGUGCAAUUUGUUUAAGAAUUAAUAUGGUUUUAAUCCCUACAUUCACGUACAUUCAACAUUGUAUUCUAAUUCUGUUUGUCAAAGAGAAAUGCUAUGCUCUUUCCUCAUAACAUUGUUCACAUGAAUGAUCCGAUAUCAUUUUGGGAAUGUUUUUUUCAUUGGUUUUUGAAUAGUGAAUCACUUGUAGUUCCUGACAGUGAUUUGUUCUUAUAUGUGAUACAUCCAUGUGGUAUUAUUUGAAAAACUAAAUUAUUUAUUUUUGCAAAAUAUUUCAUUUAUAUUGUAUUUUAUUUUAUGCAGGUAUAAAACAUGUUACAAAAGGCAGAACAAGUCUGCAUUUCAAGCAUUUACAGGAAACAUUUAAGUAUGGUAGGGAAAAUCAAUACAGAAAUUUACCUAACAAAAUUGCACACAGAAAAAAACAAAACAUUUAGUAUUUACACAUAGAAUAAAUAUUAAAAUUUGUGCUAUCACUUUUAAAUUUCAAAUAUCAAAUUGCAAUUAUCAUAUUUUUUUAUAUACGUUAAUUCAUUAGGAAGUGUUCAUAUUAUUAAUAUACUGAUUUAAUGCCUUGAUUUCUCCAGGGCAAGGUUGUCUGUUUCACAUAUCAACUUUCCUAAUAAUAAUAACAACAUUACACAAUUAUAACAAUUUGUUGUAUUUUUUUUUUUUUUUUUUUUUUUUU